AUGAAAUUGCCUGCGUUUCUCGCCUUCGUGUUUUUUACGCUUGUAGCGUUAGAGCUGGCGUAUGCCAAUGAGCCAGAGAAGAAACCAUCCGUGCUGGAGUUAAAGAUGGACAAAAUUCCUGAGAACCAAAGACUACAGAACUUGAAGAGGGAAAACCCCGCAGAAAUGAGAAGGAUGAUGAAGGCAAAAGGACUGAUAGAUAUUUCCGAGGAAGAGGGCUUAGUGCCGCUGAUAACCGCCACAGAUGGUACGGCUGUUCCUGACCAGUAUAUUGCCCAUCUUUUGCCAGAAGGAGAGUAUGGAAAAAUUCGUAGCAUCCUGAAAGGAAGUGGUUCUUAUCAAAAAGCAAAGUUCAUAAAGUUCACUAGAACAAGCAGAUACGCCAUACUUAAGGGUAUAAAAGAAAGUGAUCUUCAACAGCUUCGCCAGCUUACUGACGUCAUUGCGGAAAUCGAACAAGAUAAAGCAAUGUCGAUUGAUGGAUCUUAUUGUGCAGGACCUUUUCCAGCAUCUCACACAUGGAAUUUAGACCGAAUAGACGACGAAAGGGAUGAUGACAGUUUUACCACCUGGGCGGUCGGCUCUGGUAUAGACGCAUACGUCAUGGACACUGGAAUAAAUCCUGAUCACGUUGACUUCGGAGGAAGAGUGUCAUCAGGAUGGCACGCGAGUUCUUUCUCCGAUAGCAGAGACACCCAUGGUCAUGGUACCCAUGUGGCCAGUACCUUAGGCGGCGACACCUAUGGAGCAGCCAAGCAGGUGAACCUUAUUCCCGUCAAGGUGUGCUCCCGGACAAGGUGUCCAACCUCGGACAUCCUGGCAGGACUGAACUGGAUAAAGUCACGGGUUCAACAAAACAAGCGUCUGUCAAUCAUUAACAUGUCACUGGGUGGUGGGUACUCCUCUUAUCUCAAUGACGCCGUGUACGCGGUAUUGGAUGCAGGCAUUCCAGUGGUAGUUGCCGCUGGAAAUGACGGCAAGGCCAAUGCGUGUAAUUUAUCCCCGGCAAGCGUAAGCGGAGCCCUCACUGUUGGCGCCACCCAGAUAGACGAUUACUUGGCUCCGUUUAGUAACAUCGGACCGUGCGUCGAUAUUUACGCUCCAGGGAAAAAUAUCAGGGGCGCCUCCUACGCGAACACGCACGGUUCAGUGGCACUUGAUGGGACGUCAAUGGCGUCCCCUCUCGUCGCCGGUGUAGCCGCGGGUUUGUUGCAGGCCUAUGCCAACGCUGGGUUUUUCAGCGAACCGUCGACAAGCGUCGUUGACACUCUAAACUAUGACAUCAUCCAGUAUGCGGAGAAGGCAAGCGUAAGCGGAGCGCUUACAGUUGGCGCUACCCAAAUAGAUGAUUACUUGGCUCCGUUUAGUAACAUCGGACCGUGCGUUGACAUUUACGCUCCAGGGAGGAAGAUCAGGGGCGCCUACUACGCGAGCACGCACGGCUCAGUAGAGCUUGAUGGGACGUCAAUGGCGUCCCCUCUCGUCGCCGGUGCAGCCGCGGGUUUGUUGCAGGCCUAUGCCGACGCUGGGUUUUUCAGCGAACCGUCCACAAGCGUCGUUGACACUCUAAACUAUGACAUCAUCCAGUAUGCGGAGAAGGGCACAGUGAAGGGACUCCCGUCUUCGAACAACAAUAAUGUUAUGCUUCACACCACCUGCCUGACUACCUAA